UUAGAAAGGUGUGCCAUUUAUUUAAUGCCAGCCUAACACUGCUAAUUACAUCAUUAUUUUACUCCUCCUCAGCCCCGCAGCAACCCAUUGAAGUAAAUGGGACACUUUCAGGAGGCAAAGAAUUUGUGGCUCGAAAAAGUGGCGUAUGAUGGGUUAAAAAGUGUCAAUGACAACUGAUCUGUACUAAAUCACUGCGCAUGCAUUAUAAAGAUGUGUUUAUAAAUACGCAGGUUUAUAAAUGCGCCUGUGAGUGACAGUAAACAGAGCUGUAAACAAGGAUAUUUGUCUGCUCAGCUGCUGUAAGGAAGGAAGUCAGAGCCAUAGUAUCAUCCCCUGGCAGAGCUCAUUAAACUUUAAUCUUAUUGCUCCAGGUGAGAAGAGGAGAAAGCGAUAUGGAAUUUUCACUAGACGUGGGAAUGGCUCCACCCCAUUCACUAUACUCACGCUCCAAACAUGUAGCAGGAAGUGCUCUGUGUAACGCUCUCCUCCUCACACAUUCCCCUGCAUUACCAUAGCAAAAGGGAAAGGCUGCUCUAUACUACAGCUGGGUUAAUGGGAGGGAUUAACCCCUAUGCUGCCCCAGCCUUAACUCUCUACUAAACAAACCCUGGAUUCUUUGGCACUUGCACAUCUGUGAGUGUCUUACUGUGUGUCUUUCACUCUCCACUCUAGGUCCUUUCUUUUGUGGUGAAGGGUCUUUUCCUUCCAUACGGACGGACGGGCUAAAAACUGGAAUCUUUGUUCCUGUGACUGGUUUCCAUAGAAACAGCUAAAUGCAUUUAUCUAGUCCUUCUGGUUGCGACUUUCAAUCACUUGGUACCAAAUGUCAUCGGUAUUGAGUGACAUUCACAUUCUGUCUAUAAAGUAGCAACAUAUUCCAAUGCGUUGUACAAGCAUGCUUCUGAUAAAGUGACACUUACGUCACGAAACGCGGCGAGCUGUUCCCCUGCCUGCUAUUUUGCUAUUUUUAAGCGUCUUCAAUAAAGCCGUAUAUGUUUUAAUUCAAUGGGUCUUACCCGCAUUAUACUUGGAACCGGUUGAGACACACCACUGCUUCAUUCCUUGAUGAUUAUUUCACCGCAGCCAGAUCGGAUUUUGUUGCUCUACCGGCGACGGAUUACCUAUGAGGACUCAGUCCCCGCCAGGAUAACGUCUCCUUUCUUCUCAAUUGUAACGAAGAGAGGUAUGGAUAUCACAUAAUCAGCUUUCAUCAAGACCAGCUGUGAAUAUUUCACAAAUGCUUCUUUCCAUGCAAAACUGUGUAGAUAAAACCAUGGAUGAGUCGGCAUUAUUGGACCUCUUAGAAUGUCCGGUUUGUCUUGAGAGGCUCGAUGCCUCUGCUAAAGUCUUGCCAUGCCAACACACAUUCUGCAAGCGCUGCCUUUUGGGCAUUGUGAGCUCUCGGAAAGAGCUGCGCUGCCCGGAGUGCAGGACUCUGGUGGAGUGUGGGGUGGACGAACUUCCGAGCAACAUUCUACUAGUGAGACUAUUGGAUGGAAUAAGGCAGAGGCCAAGAAAAGCAGGGGACGGUGGAAGCGCUGGGAAUAGCACAAAUGCGUUGAGAGCACAAGGCAGUGUAACUACUAAUGGUGGCUUAAACGAUGCACAGAAUACUCAAAGUGGGCAACAGAGAAUACAAGCACGAAGUCCUCCAGUAAGGGGUGUUCCUCAGUUACCAUGUGCCAAAGCUUUGUACAACUACGAGGGGAAAGAGCCUGGAGAUCUCAAAUUUAACAAGGGAGACAUCAUCGUGCUUCGCCGUCAAGUUGAUGAGAAUUGGUACCACGGGGAGAUUAAUGGCAUCCACGGCUUCUUCCCAACAAACUUUGUGCAGAUCAUAAAGCCUUUACCUCAGCCGCCACCUCAAUGCAAAGCACUUUAUGACUUUGAAGUGAAAGACAAGGAAGCAGACAAGGAUUGCCUACCCUUCUUAAAGGAUGACAUUCUCACCGUGAUCCGACGAGUAGAUGAAAACUGGGCAGAAGGAAUGCUGGGGGACAAGAUAGGAAUAUUCCCUAUUUCCUAUGUGGAGUUCAAUUCAGCAGCUAAGCAGCUGAUAGAGUUGGACAAACCAUCAGGAGCAGACACUGGGGAAGGCUCUUCUGGCACAUCGCAUAGUGGCAAUUCUCAAAAGCAAGCAGAUGCAAAGAAGAACACCAAAAAGCGUCACUCCUUUACCUCCCUCACCAUGUCUAACAAGUCAUCGCAAUCUGUGCAGAACCGUCAUUCAAUGGAAAUCAGCCCCCCUGUACUCAUCAGCUCCAGCAACCCCACCGCUGCUGCCAGAAUCAGCGAACUCACAGGCCUCUCUUGUAGUGCCCCGUCUCAGGAUAUGAAUCCUCCUCUUCUUCCUCCUCCACCAAUGGCCACUCCUGUUAUCACGUCGGCUUCCUCCGGAGCUGCUGCCGUGGCCCAGAGAAAUAUUAUUGGUCCUGUUGAGCAAGUUCCACACUUGAGGACAUCUGCAAGACCCAGUGUGUUCAUUGCUAUCUAUCCUUAUAUCCCACGAAAGGAGGAUGAGCUGGAACUGAGGAAAGGUGAGAUGUUCUUGGUGUUUGAGCGCUGCCAGGACGGCUGGUUUAAAGGAACUUCCAUGCACACCAGCAAGAUUGGCGUGUUCCCUGGAAACUAUGUGGCACCAGUCACUAGGGCAUUAACAACUGCAACACCUGCAAAAGUUGCCAUGGCCACAGCUACUACCAGCAAUGUGGUGAACUUGGUAACACCAACACCUCCGGGGGCUCCGUGUCAGAAACUGCCAGUGAGUGGAGUGGAGUUUGCCAAGACCAGCAGCACAAAUGGGGUCUCACCAGCUGGUGUCCCUGGCUGUCAUAUCCAGACUAGUCCUCAGUCCAAGGUUCUGCUGCAUAUGAGCGGCCAAAUGACAGUUAACCAAGCCCGCAAUGCUGUCCGAACAGGUAAUAAGGAUGCUGCGGCACACAGCCAGGAUCGUCCAACAGCUGCUGUGACUCCCAUCCAGGCUCAGACCCCUGCUGCAUCUGCUCUCCCCCAACAGGCUGCCGCUUCACAGCAAGUGCCACCUCCACUUUCAGCUCCAGCUGCUUACAUUAAUGCUGCAAUGAACAUUAGCCGGCCAAGUGUGCCGGCAGCAUCGGCAGCCUCCUCUGCUCUUCCCACCACUGCAUUUGAAGCAGAAUCCAGUUGGAAGUCUAGCUCUGGACUUUCUGGGUGUUCCUUUUCUGAAAAUGUUUCUGCACCUUUAAAUUCUGCUGUUAAUAAACAAGAUAAAGAUAGUAAGAAAGAAAAGAAGGGCUUGCUAAAGUUACUGUCAGGGGCAUCUACAAAAAGAAAGCCUCGCUCUUCUCCACCGCACUCUCCAACCCAAGAAGUGGAACAGACAAAUUCAGAAGCAGCAGCAGCAGCGCUGGAGGGAGCUGUAGGGCCAGACAUUGUGCCAGUCAUUGUCAACGGCCGAGCUGCUCCCUGCACUGUGGAUUGUGAUUCAGUAUCUGCCUCAACUCCGGCACAGGAUAACCGCAAGCCUGCUUCCUUGGAUAACAACAUUCCCAUUGCACCUCCACCAAGACAGCCUUGCUCAUCACUGGGCUCUGUUCUAAAUGAUUCCCGGCCUUGUGAAAGAUACAGAGUAAUGGUAUCCUACCCACCCCAGAGCGAGGCAGAACUAGAGCUGAAGGAAGGAGACAUUGUAUUUGUGCACAAGAAGCGGGAAGAUGGUUGGUUUAAAGGCACACUCCAGCGGAACGGCAAAACCGGCCUCUUCCCGGGCAGCUUUGUGGAAAAUAUUUAACUUUUAUUUUGCCACAGAAUGAAUGAGCACAAGACACGCAGCCACUUCCCAGAGCAAAUGUAACUGCACUGAAGAACCAUUCAGCAUCUUGUAGCUAGGACAGUGGUACCAAGCCUUGUGCCCUAUUUAACUACAAACGAUCUGAACGAGACUGCUCCAUCUGCUGAUUUCAUAUCUCCAUGGAAUUUUUUCGUUGAUGUAUUUGUGCCUUGUACUGUUAAGUUUAUCAGAUUUUUUUUAUACUUGUUUUUUUCCCCCACGAAUAACAAAUAAACUAUUGUUUACGAGG